UGUCCCUAUCUUGGUGGUCCAGGAUCUCACCAGACCCACCCUCCCCAAUAUCCUGGAGACAGCCACAUUCUCUUAAAUCCCCCUUCAAGUCUCUGCGGGCCUGGGGAGCAGCAGGAUGGCGGCAGGUGUGGCCACAUGGCUACCUUUUGCCCGGGCUGCCGCGGUGGGCUGGCUUCCCCUGGCUCAGCAACCACUACCUCCGGCACCCGGAGUGAAAACCUCUCGAGGAGAUGAAGUUCUGGUGGUGAACGUGAGUGGCAGGCGCUUUGAGACCUGGAAGAACACACUGGACCGCUACCCGGACACUUUGUUGGGCAGCUCGGAGAAGGAGUUCUUCUACGAUGCUGACUCGGGCGAGUACUUCUUUGAUCGGGACCCAGACAUGUUCCGGCACGUGCUCAACUUCUACCGCACUGGUCGGCUGCAUUGCCCCCGCCAGGAGUGCAUCCAGGCCUUCGACGAAGAACUAGCCUUCUAUGGCCUGGUCCCUGAGCUCGUUGGCGACUGCUGCCUUGAAGAGUACCGGGACCGCAAGAAGGAGAAUGCUGAGCGCCUGGCGGAGGAUGAGGAGGCUGAACAGACCGGGGAUGGCCCAGCGCUACCAGCUGGCAGCUCGGUGAGGCAGCGGCUCUGGCGGGCCUUCGAGAACCCGCAUACAAGCACCGCAGCCCUCGUUUUCUACUACGUGACGGGCUUUUUCAUCGCAGUGUCAGUCAUUGCCAAUGUGGUGGAGACCAUCCCGUGCAGGGGUCCCGCACGGCGGACCCCAAGGGAGCAGCCAUGCGGCGAGCGCUUCCCGCUGGCCUUUUUCUGUAUGGACACGGCUUGCGUGCUCAUCUUUACUGGAGAAUACCUCUUGCGGCUGUUUGCAGCACCCAGCCGCUGCCGCUUCCUGAGGAGUGUCAUGAGCCUCAUCGAUGUAGUGGCCAUCCUACCCUACUACAUUGGGCUCUUAGUGCCCAAGAAUGAGGAUGUGUCGGGCGCCUUUGUCACUCUACGCGUGUUUCGGGUGUUCCGCAUCUUCAAGUUCUCCAGGCAUUCCCAGGGCUUGCGGAUUCUGGGCUACACCCUCAAGAGCUGUGCCUCUGAGCUGGGCUUCCUCCUCUUUUCCCUUACCAUGGCCAUCAUCAUCUUUGCCACCGUCAUGUUCUACGCUGAGAAGGGGACAAGCAAGACCAACUUUACAAGCAUCCCUGCGGCCUUCUGGUAUACUAUUGUCACCAUGACCACACUUGGCUAUGGAGACAUGGUGCCCAGCACUAUCGCUGGCAAGAUUUUUGGGUCCAUCUGCUCACUGAGUGGUGUCUUGGUCAUUGCCCUGCCUGUGCCAGUCAUUGUGUCCAACUUCAGCCGCAUCUACCACCAGAACCAGCGUGCUGACAAACGCCGAGCACAGCAGAAGGUGCGCUUGGCAAGGAUCCGGUUGGCAAAGAGUGGUACCACCAAUGCCUUCCUGCAGUAUAAACAGAAUGGGGGCCUUGAGGACAACGGCAGUGGGGAGGAGCAGGCGCUGUGCGUCCGGAAUCGUUCUGCUUUUGAGCAGCAACAUCAUCAUUUGCUGCAUUGCCUAGAGAAGACGACGUGCCAUGAAUUCACAGAUGAGCUAACCUUCAGUGAGGCCCUGGGAGCUGUCUCGCUUGGGGGCCGUACCAGCCGCAGCACCUCGGUAUCCUCCCAGCCAGUGGGGCCCAGCAGCCUGCUGUCUUCCUGUUGCCCCCGCCGUGCUAAGCGGCGGGCCAUCCGCCUGGCCAAUUCCACUGCCUCGGUCAGUCGGGGCAGCAUGCAGGAGCUUGAUACACUGGCCGGGCUGCGGAGAAGCCCUGGUCCUCAGAGCCGCUCAAGCCUCAAUGCCAAGCCCCACGACAGCCUUGACCUGAACUGCGACAGCCAGGACUUCGUGGCUGCCAUUAUCAGUAUCCCUACGCCUCCUGCCAACAGCCCCGAUGAGAGUCAACUUUCUUCCCCUGGCGGUGGGGGCAGGGCCAGCAGCACCUUCAGGAACUCCAGUUUGGGGACCCCUUGCCUCCUGCCUGAGCCCAUCAAGAUCUCUUCCCUGUGAGGGGUGGGCCUUUCCGCUUACAGGGCACCACUUUGUUACUGGGGACCCAUUUCCAAAGCCAUAUUUUGGGGAGGCAGGCAGGGGCAGGCCUGAGAUCCCCUUCUGCCCCCUGCUGAGAACUAUGCAAUGUACUUUGAUGGAAUGACUCACCUUGAUGGGGAGGGGAAUUGGAUGGGGAGAAGUAGUACUAGGGGAUGGGAAGCUUCUUCCCCUUGUAGGUAGUUUGCCCCAUGGGAGCUGAAACACUGGGCUUUUGCAGGCCCUGGCACACUGGGAUUGGCCCUUCUCCACCAGCUGUCCUCCUGCAUGUUCUUCCCUUCUGGUCCUUGGAGGAUGGUAGAGCUUCCAUCUGACAGCUGAGAUGUGCGCUUCUCUCUUCCUGGGCUAUAGAGGCUUGCGGGUAGGGGGAAAGAUACAGAAAAAAAAAAAACCAAAAAAACAAAAAAACCCUUCCCUCUGAUCUGGCCUUGGAAAAGGUCCUUGUUCUCCACCAGGUCUGACAAUUCCCAGAUUCUGAAGCUUGGAAUGCAAUCUACGGCUUCCUGGGCUGUGUCCUCAACUGUGCCCUACCACCCCCAGGCUUUGGCUGAUGGGACAGGCUGCCUCUCCAAAUACAUAGAUAGCACAAACACCACUUCCCCUUUCCCUGGCUGCUGGAAACAGGUCCCCUGCAACCCUGUCAUCUGCCAGUCUUCCCCCAUCCCGCACCCAACAAACUAGCAAUUGCAGCUGCUGCAGUGACAUUAUGCAAAGCUUCUAACCAGUCUGCUACAGUAUUGACAUCAGCCCUAAUCAGAGGACCACUUCCAACUGCCCCUCCUCCUCACUUCAACUCCUUCCUGGGUUGGGCCAGAGCAGAGUCUGGACUGGCUGAGAUAAGAGUCUGGCAGCAGCCAGAGCUGGGCUGUGUUUGGAGAUCAUUGGUCAUGUUCUCAGGCAGGAGCACAGACCUGGCAGGGGCUGAGGCCCAGACUGUUUUCGAACAUUGGGAGUUUGGGGAAGCAGGAAUAACACCUGAUCUUCCCCUACCCGCAUCCUGCCAUAACUCCUUCCUUCUCACAGUCCCCUCUCCUCUCCUUUCUUGGUCACCUUUCAGAACUCGCUCUUCUCAGGCUGAAAUUGGGCACCAUCUCAGGUUCCCUGUGCCCAGCGCUGUGCUUGCGGAGCUGGCAGCUGACAAAGAUGUAGUUUGCAUCAGUCAAUAAAAUCUAAGAGGAGGGAUGGGGACUGGACAUCUCCUGGUUCUGUGGAUAUCAGGCUGGGCUGACCGGGCUGGGAUGGGGCAGGACUGGUGCGGGGGAGGGGUUUGAAAACACUCUGACUUCAACUCCUUUCUGCUAGUACAAGGGCUGGUAUAAGGAAAGGGAUGAAGGGGAUGGUUGGAAAAUGAGGCUGUUGAAAAAAAAAAAAAAAGAUGAUUUGAAGAGCCCAAGGCACAGAGGCAGGCUAGGGAGUCUGGAGCUACUCCCCUUAUAGAUCAUUGGUUCCAGUUCUUUCAUUCACAGAUGGGGAAACUGAGGCUCGGAGCAACACAAAGUUCAUAGUUCAUUAGAGGUGACUUCAACUCAGGCUUCCUGACAGCAAACCCUUCUGAAUUUAGUCCUAAUAAAAGCAUCUGCCAGUUGGGCGGAUUUCUCCUUCCUAGCAGCAUCUCCCACCUUCUCACUUCUGGGCCACCUCCUAUACAAGGCUAAUGUAGGACUGAA